AUUAUAUGGCGUUAAAGUCCUCGGUGGACAUUGACUUCUGAUAAUGAAAAGGGGUACCCCACACGAGUCUGUGAUCGGAAAUAGCUCUCCUAUUUUUAACUUUAGACAAAAAGUAGCCGAUGUUGGUAUGGAUAGCUGGUGAAACGUCGUUAAAUGUGCCGACUUCCCUUCGCUUAAAAUAUCACUGGCCAUGAUUAGUCGCAGAUUGUCGUACGGUUUUCUAAAUGGAUGGAAAUUGUUUAUAUACUUUCAGCGAUAAAGAACUGGUGGCCGCCCAUGUACCUGUCGUCCGCUAUGAUCGUCUCUUCGGCUGGAUCGCGAUCAGCAUUCCUGGUGUUCCCAUCAUUUUCUGCGACGUAUUCGAGUUUCUAAACGCCGAAAUGGCUGCGAAGGGUCAGCUGGAACACGUGGAGGUCCUAAAGUUCAUUAUAUUCUGCUUCAACACUAUAAUAUGGCUCCUUGCUUGCGGAAUGUUUGGACUGUCCAUCUGGCUGAGAAUGGAACCAGGAUUCGAAGAGUGGGUUGGCUUCCUGGAUUUGUGGGACUUCUAUAUAGGCAUCUAUAUCCUCAUCGCUGUUGCAGUGGCUAUCAUGGCGAUCUCCUUCGCAGGCUGCGCAGCUACGUUGGCUGAAAAUGUCCUGGCACUUUACAUCCACAUUGGUGCGCAGCUGUUUUGCUUUGUGUGCGGCUUAGCUGGUGCAGCAGUUCUACUGGAUUAUUCAACUUAUGACAGCAAGAUUCAGCCAAUCAUAAGAAGAUCGAUGACUUCCUUAAUUGUUAAUUCGCACCAUGAAGAUGCUUCGACCAUUCUCAGAAUUGUUCAGGAAAAUAUUGGAUGCUGCGGAGCAGAUGGUCCUAUGGACUAUUUGACGUUAUUAAAGCCCCUUCCAACCGAAUGUAGAGAUACGGUGACAGGAAAUGCUUUCUUCCAUGGCUGCGUCGAAGAACUCACAUGGUUUCUAGAGGCUCGAUCAGGAUGGCUAGCUGGAGUAGCACUGGCGUUAUGCAUGCUUCACGUAGUGCAGGCAGUUCUAUCCCUCAUCUUGAUUCAGGCUCUUCAGAAGGAAAAAAAACUCGCUAUGUAUAAGCAUUAAUUAUAAGAGUAACAUUACUACCGAAUAGCUUUUAGAAGAGGCAAAAUUAUUCAGCGUCAUUCUAUUCACCGUAUUAACAUAAACAUUUAUUUAAUGAAUUCAUAAACUUCCUAAGCAGCCUUCUCAUUAAAUGAUAAGCGCAUCGCAUUCGACUGUGGAAUUAUACCAUAUCGCGGCGCUUAGGAGAAAUAAAUUCAGAUUUCGCUCUCAAUGAUGGUUCCAAAGAAAUUCCAGAGAGUAGCAGAGGGAAUCCAUGCCGUGGAUUUUACAUCGAGCUCCUAGGAGUUGGCCGGAUACUCUUCGAGAUCCCAAGCUGAAGAAACGAGAGAAGAAGCUGAUGACAUGACUGGACAAUUUGUUAAUAUUCUUUCAAACGAGCUCGAGAACUUAUGUACUUGCGCUACUUGUAUAAUAAACUGUAAAAUAAUUAGGGUAAUAAAGCAAGUUAUUGACUAAUAA